AUGAAAGAGGAGAGCAUGUGCCCCGACUCACCAGAAGGCAGCCUGGUGACCAGCGAGGAGGAGAGCGAGAAGCUGCCGAAGAAAGGCCUUCGCAAGAGAGGCCCGCUGGGCAAGGCUUUGACCUUCCCAGCCCCUCCGCCGCCCGAGAGCAGCACCCCUUCCCCACAGGGCAAACGCAGCAAGCGAAGCCCCGUGCCCCAGACCUUCGAGGACAUGCACACGCAACGGGUCAUUGCCAACGUGCGGGAGCGCCAGCGCACCCAGUCGCUGAAUGACGCCUUCGCCGAGCUGCGCAAGAUCAUCCCCACCCUGCCCUCCGACAAGCUGAGCAAAAUCCAGACCCUCAAGCUGGCCGCCCGCUACAUCGACUUCCUCUACCAGGUCCUCCAGAGUGAUGAGCUUGACCACAAGAUCUCCAGCUGCAACUACCUGGCCCACGAGAGGCUCAGCUACGCUUUCUCUGUGUGGAGGAUGGAAGGGGCCUGGUCCAUGUCCGCAUCCCACUGAGAUCCAGCUGGAAGGUCCACUCAGGGGAAGGUUGGUGAGUGCCAUGCUUCUGCAUCAGCCCAGAACAGCAACAGACACUGACUGAGAGAAGCUCAGGGCACCCUCUCUCCCGUUUUUCUGUUGCCAUCUUGGAAUAAGACCAGCGCCAUCAUCUCGGGGGACAAGGGUGGGAGGGGAAAGAGCCAAGAUCCAGGAUGGAGAAUCUCAGCUUUCCACCAUGGCUCAGAGAAGGGCCACGUACAGAACGUGGCAGAGAUCCGAAGGAGGCGUGGACUGCUUUGCUUGCAACUAGCUGGCCUCAAAAUGUCAAUAUAGAACUCUUUUUGAGGAGCUAAUUUAUUUUUGAUUAGCAGGUUUUUGGGGUACUCCCCUGCCCCGUGAUUAUUAUUUUUGUGGCAGGUUUCCAUUUUCUGAAAGUUUGUCUGAACCCUUUCAUGUUCUAAGGGAACUGAGCUCACUAUGGCUUCUCAUGGCCAAAUCUGCAGCAAAGUCCCAACCCUACAAGAGCUCUCAGAUAAUAUAGGGAUUUCCUUCUCCCAUUAUGUCUUCUCAAUAAGAAAGGGCAUGAGUUUGGAAAGGCAGUAGGGCUUUGGGGAGAGAAUGUUUCCAGACCAUGUGUGGGUAAGAUUUGAUCAAGUAUGAACCAAAUUAAAAACAUGGGCUCACUGUUCCUGUCUCCUCUUUUAAAUACAAUAGCAAUAGAUCUAUAGUCACGCCUACUGCAGGAGGUGUUUGAUCUCAACAAUUGGACAGGGAGACUCAGGCCCUGGGCUGAAUCCAAUCUUUCUGUGGGGUCUCAUUUCUGCCUUCCAGGGUUUUCCAAAUUCUCAUGCAUCUUCCCCUUGAUAACAUCAUUUGCCAGGCUCCCUUUCUUU